AUGUCUGGCUGGAACGUGAAUGCGUCUUCGUUUGUUCCAAAUGUGAAUGCUCGUCCAUUUGUCCCAGGACAACAAUAUGUUGCCCCUCCAGUUGAAUCAGUUCCACCUCCACCACAAGAUUGGGAAGAUCAAGCAGAUGCUUCGCCAGUUGUUGAACAACCACCAGCUCCAAUUGCAGCUGAACCAGUUGCACCUGUUCAAGUUUCUGAGCCAGUUGCAGCCCCCGUAAAGAAAGAAACUUCUCCAGAAGAUGAUGUCAUCGCACCUUUGGCAAAGAAAUUCCAGCGAACAGUUUAUGUUGAUGAUGGAUCACAUAAAGAACAUAUUAAUAUGGUUUUUGUUGGACACGUCGAUGCUGGAAAAUCGACUAUUGGAGGUGAGAAUAAAUUCCGAGCGAUUUUCAAGUUAUUGUAUUUUUCUAGGACAAUUGAUGUAUUUGACUGGAAUGGUUGACAAAAGAACAUUAGAAAAAUAUGAACGAGAAGCUAAAGAAAAAGGACGUGAAAGUUGGUAUCUUUCUUGGUGUAUGGACACAAAUGAUGAAGAAAGAGACAAAGGAAAAACUGUUGAAGUUGGUCGCGCAUAUUUCGAAACAGAAAAACGUCAUUUCACAAUUCUCGAUGCUCCAGGUCACAAAAGUUUUGUUCCAAAUAUGAUUGCCGGUGCAACACAAGCUGAUUUAGCUGUGCUUGUUAUUUCAGCAAGAAAAGGAGAAUUCGAAACAGGAUUUGAUCGAGGAGGUCAAACUCGUGAACAUUCAAUGUUGGUUAAAACUGCCGGAGUCAAACAUCUUGUUAUUUUGGUGAAUAAAAUGGAUGAUCCAACUGUAAAAUGGGAAGAGGAACGAUUCAAGGAAAUUGAAGGAAAAUUGACACCAUUUUUGAGAAAAAUGGGAUUCAAUCCAAAAACUGAUAUCACUUAUAUUCCAUGUUCUGGUUUGACUGGAGCAUUUUUGAAGGAUCGACCAGCUGCAUCCGAUGGAUCAUGGUACACGUAAGUUUUCCCCAAUUUUUUGCUAGCAAAAUUAUUUCUGUAAUUUAUGAUGAAAGGCGCUAGAUCGAAAAAAAAUCAGUCACAAUCUAAAUUUUCAACUCACUUUCAUCCAUAAUUUUCUUACUGAUUCGGGCCGAACUAGGAUUGCGAAAUGAACGAAAUUUAUACAAAAAAUAAAACGCUGAGAUAAUGAACGUGAACUGACCAAUUUAUUUUGAAUAAAAAUAUUUUCAAUUUUCAUAUUCUGAAAUAACGUGCCUCAUUUGUACAAUAUAUUAAUUUACCAACCUGUAGUCUCAUGUAAAUUUUAUUCUUGAAAUUUUCAAAAUACAAUAAAAUAUUCUCAAUUCAUUCCAGAGGUCCAAACUUUAUCGAAUUCAUCGAUUGUCAUCUUCCAUCAUUCAAACGUGAUUACAAUGGCCCAGUUAGAUGUAUUGUUGUUGAAAAAUAUUCCGAAAUGGGAACUGUUAUUAUUGGAAAAAUGGAAUCUGGUUGUGUGCAAAAAGGAGAUACUCUUGUUGUUAUGCCAAAUAAGGUAACAUUUGUUUUAAUUUUUUUCAAAAAAAAAUCAAUGAUAUUUUGUAGCAACCUGUUCAAGUUCUUCAAAUUUGGGCGGAUGACGUUGAAACUGAUCGAGUUGUUUCGGGAGAUAAUAUUAAAUUCAAACUGAAGGGAAUUGAAGAAUCUGAACUUCAAGGUGGAUUUAUUAUUUGCUCUCCAGAUUCAUUGGCGAAAGUUGGACGAGUUUUCGAUGCUGAAGUUUUUGUAUUGGAACACAAAUCAAUUAUUGCCUCGGGUUAUUCAUGUGUUUUGCAUAUUCAAUCUGGAGUUGAAGAAGUUAAUGUUAAGGUAGGCUAUUUUGAAACGAAACCUAAAAGCUAACGAAUUCACCCUUUCUGAAAAAAAAAAUGAAAAUCGUCUUGUUCGAAACACACCUGACGAGACGUGUCCAAAAUGGACACUGUACGAAAAUUUUCAAAGGUCACACUGUACAUUUUUCCCGAAAAACGUGUAGUUUUCAUUGAUUUUCAGCCGAUUUUGAUGAAAAUUUUCAAAAAUUCACGCUGCACAAAUUUUUUUUUGCAAAAUUUCCACGCUUCACAAAAAUUUUAGGACACUCUCUCGCCAGGUGUGGUUCGAAAUCUGAAUUUCUUUGUCAAUAGAUUUUUUUAAAAUUUCCACGUCAUAGUUCAAAUUGUUUUUUUCAGGGCGUCAUUGCUACAAUUGACAAGAAAACAGGUGAAAAGAAACGAGCGAAGUUUGUGAAACAAGACGAAAAAUGUAUUAUGCGAUUAGAAAGUGCCGAGCCAUUUGUUAUUGAACCAUUCAAGGUAAAAUGUUUUUUCAGAUGAUUUUUUAAAUUUCCAACUUUAAAAUCUAAAUUUUUAAUUGCAGGAUUAUCCAUAUUUGGGUCGUUUCACACUUCGUGACGAAGGAAAAACAAUCGCAAUCGGAAAAGUUUUGAAAGUUAUCGAAUAA